AUGGCUGACAAAGACGAGCUUGCCGCUGGCGAGACUGAGGGGUACAAGGUUGGAGAGAAGAAGACGAUCGAUGAAUACAAGAACCUCGAUGCCGAGGAUGAAUCCCUCAACAAAUGGAAGGCCUCGUUGGGUCUAGGGGCUGCUAUUGGGGACCCAAAUGAUCCCCGAACCGUCGUCAUCGAAAAGCUGUCCCUGAAGGUUGAAGGUCGUCCCGACAUCGAGGUCGAUUUCACCAAAACCGAACUCUCCGCUCUUAAAUCCACCCCUUUCGUCGUAAAGGAAAAGGCCGAAUAUAGGAUUUACAUUCAAUUCAGGGUCCAACAUGAUGUUAUCAGCGGGUUGAAAUAUGUCCAGGUCGUUAAACGAAAGGGCAUCCAGGUUGACAAGACGGAGGAGAUGUUGGGAUCGUAUGGCCCAAACAACGAAAAGACGCCCUUCUAUUCAAAAACUCUCCCAAUUGAGGUUGCGCCAGACGGACUCCUUGGCCGUGGCACCUACACUGCCAAAUCUCGAUUUACUGACGAUGACAAAAAGAUCCACCUGGAAUUCGAUUGGGUCAUUGAGAUCAAGAAGGACUGGUGA